AUGUCCGGCAUCCCUGACCUCCCUGAGAAAUUCGAUGAUCUGCCCGACAAGCGGCGCUUCUGGCCUUCCCCCGCCGGGUCAGCCGACGAAGGGCUGGGCAUGUUGCGCCUGCUUACCCCGGAGAUAGUUGCGAACGCGGCGCGCACGCAGAUCCAGACCGGCGAGCGGGUGUGUCUGAAUUGGGACAUUGAGAAUCUGACUCCGCCAGGUUUCGGCCGUAAGCCGUUCGAGCACCGCAUCAAAUGGGUCGCCGAGGGCGUCGCCUUCGACGACGAAUACCACUUCAACCCGCAGCAGGGCUCCCAAUGGGACGGACUGCGGCACCAUAACGCUCCCGCGCCCACGGCCGAGAACGCAGAUCGCCGGGUCUUCUACGGCGGCACGACGGCUGAGGAGAUCCAGGAUGAGAGCAACUCGCGCAUCGGCAUCGGGUUCUGGGCGAAGCAGGGAAUUGCCGGCCGCGGCGUGCUGAUCGACUACUUGUCCUACGCGCAGAAGAAAGGGAUUAGCGUCAACGCGCUCAGCCGGCAGCUGAUCUCGCUGGAUGAGGUGCUGGAGAUCGCGCGCGAGUGCAACAUCGAGUUCCAGCGCGGCGAUGUCUUCUUCCUCCGUGUUGGACUGCCGGAUACCUGGGCUGCGAUGUCGGCCGAUUCCCGCAAGGCUUACAGCGAGCAGGCCAUGCCGCAGCAUGCCGGUAUCGAGCAGAGUGAACGUGUGCUGCGCUUCAUGUGGGAUAACCACUUCGCGGCUGUGGCUUCCGACGCGGUCAGCUUUGAGGUGUUCCCGGCUCUGUCGCCGGAACAUGACCUGCACCACCAUCUCCUGGCGGGUUGGGGUGUUCCUAUUGGCGAGAUGUUCGAUCUUGAUGAGCUGGCUGCGACUUGUAAGCGGCUUAACCGCUGGUCCUUCUUUAUUUCGAGUAGUCCGCUCAACUGUAAGCGUGGCGUGUCCAGCCCGCCGAACUGCAUGGCGAUCUUUUAA